AUCAAUCUUUUCAGAAGCUGCAAGGAUUCCGUGACGAUUGGAUGCAGUUUUGUGUUUGGUUUGGGAUUGUUCAGUGGAAUAUUGGUUUUCAAAAGUGUGAUUUUCUUCAGUUCGAAUUGGUGAUGAAAAAGUGACUUUUGGUUUUGUGAUUGUGAAAAUUGCGUUAUUUUGUGACGGCUUUUGUGUGGAGUAAUGUGAAUUUGUGUCUCUAUUUUCACUUCUUUUCAGACGGGACCAACCCAGACACGCCAUGAUGCACUUCCGUCUCGAUUCAACAUGGAUGCACCCAUUUUUCUCUGCAUAAUUUUUGCUUCUGUCUCGUUUCAGCUCAACAGAAAAAACGCAGUUUUUGAGAAAUUUUCUAUUCUUGAUGGUUCAGAUGCAAGCCUUUACGAAUUUUAAAUGAUUAUUAGGCACAUCUUGGGAAAAUUUUCUUGGUUCUAAAAUUCUCUUUUCUUAAUUAAUACAGAAGACAUCACACCAAAAUCGGUGGUUCACCCACUGUUCGGUGGCGGUGCAUGCCGUUGGCCAGGAUGCGAGAGGAUUUUCGAUGACUUCGACGAAUUCUACAACCAUCUCCAGUCGGAUCACAUCAAUGGUGACUACUCGGCUGCGCAGGCUCGCAUCCAGAUGGAGGUGGUGUGCCAGUUGCACCUGCAGCUGCAGAAGGAGCGCGAUCGACUGCAGGCGAUGAUACUGCAUCUGAACAAGAAGAACGAAAUGGCGCGAAUUCCGAUGGCCGGUGCCGGUCCAUUCGUGCCGCAGAUUCCACCUCCACCGCCACCGUACGAUCUGAUCACGGGGUUGCGCUUUCCACCGGCCGGGCCGAUAACGGACGGGUCCAUGGUUGAAGCGGCGCUUCAGUUGACCAACAAACAACAGCAGGCGUUGCAUCAUCACCAUCAGCAACAGCAACAGCAACAACAACAGCAGCAACAGCAGGGUGGGCGGUCAUCGAAGGGGUCGAUUCGGGCCAAGUACUUUGGGUCACCACAGGAUACGGAUAUUGGAGGGUACAAGGAGGUUCACUUCCCCGAUGUGCAGGACGGUGAGUGUGUUGAUGUCCAGAAGAAUCGCGAGUUCUACCGAAGUCAUGAUGUACGCCCGCCGUUUACUUAUGCAUCUUUGAUAAGACAGUCGAUAAUCGAAUCACCAGAGAAGCAGCUGACACUGAACGAAAUUUACAACUGGUUCCAGAACACAUUCUGCUACUUCCGAAGAAACGCAGCGACAUGGAAGAACGCAAUCCGGACGAAUUUGUCGCUGCACAAGUGCUUCGUCCGGUACGAGGACGACUUCGGAUCGUUCUGGAUGGUGGACGAUAACGAGUUUCUGAAGCGUCGGCACCUUUCGAGAGGAAGACCUCGCAAGUACGACAUCACCAUGUCACUGGAUCCGUCCGCAGCGGUGGGUCCGGAUGGCAGUAGCAGCGAUGUUCCAGGUUCUGUUCCGGGAGGGCAACCAGUUGUUGGACCCGGUAGCACACCGCCUCCUCCGCCGCCGCCUUUGAUGGGGGCGAGCGGGCUUUGCUACGAGGAUAUCGGAUCCAGUGGAGCCGGUGGUAGCCUGCUUCGAUCGCCGAAGAAAGAGUUUGGCAGACGGUAAUUGCUUGCUUGACAGAUGAUUGUUAUUUGGGCGAGGGAGGAAUAGGUUUAUUAACAUUGUUUGGUAGGGGAUACAGCGAUUACAAUGGUUAUAUUUCAAAAUGAGCGUCAAUGGUGCAUUUUGUUUAUUAUUUUUUAGUUUAAAAUGUGUUGAAAUCCAAUUUGUCUUUUCACAGAUCAACGUUCGAAGUCGUAAGUAUUUUUUCUUUCAGGUACAAUGGGGCACGUUCGGUGUUGUACUAGAUUUGUAGUAAUGAGCUGAAUUUUAGUAUGGUGAGAAGGUCAAUUCUCCGUUUCUGCAAUGAAAUGGUGCAAAAUGCGUGGGUAUUCUGAUUCUUUACCUAAUUUGAUGAUGUUUGAGCAAAAGUUUGGAUAACUAUGUUGUUUAUGUUGCAAGAAAUGGAGAAAACAACAACACUGUUACCCAAAGUUUUGCUCAAACAGCAUCAAAUUAGGCCAGGAAUCAUAAUACCCACGCUUUUUGCACUAUUUUAUCGCAGAAACGGAGAAUUGACCUUCUCACCAUACUAAAAUUCAGCUCAUUACUACAAAUCUAGUACUUCACCGAUCUGUCCUAUUCAUCGCGUGAAAUACACAAAAAAAAAAUCAAAAUAUCUGUCGUGCAUCUUUAGUAAAGUUGAGAACAUUUCCAUUUUAUUCAAUUAACCACCCAUUCGAAACCGGAAAAAACCACUGAAACCAAAUCCAUUUGUUCAUGUACACUUGAUUCUCUUCGAAAACUGAUACCUUGAAGGUAUUCGCUAGCGGAAACAUGUUCGAAAUUCAAUCCUCGUUCAAAUUGCUCGCCAUUCCGAACCGUCCCGCACUCAUCAAUAUUCAAAUUGACCACUGAGUAGGCGAGCUGUGCGGUGUUGCUUUGCUGUUGAUCAACGGAAGACGCCUGCUGCUGGAAGCUGCCGUGAGCUGUUGGGAAACUAGCCCCGAAAAUGCAAAAUCAUUCUAUUUUCCCUUCGUCGUUGCGUUGCGGGUGAGGAAAUCGAAUUUCUACUCUGUUCGUGCCACAGGUCCCACCGUUCGAUACUCUUAUUCUUUGCACUAAGUGACGUGAGUGUAAAUUUAUCAAUAUGGAGGGGAUGGUGAUGAAAAACGGAUUAUUUUAG